GCUUUAAUUUCCACCGAAGAAGAAGCCAAAGGAAACAAACUCAAACUGCUGCAGUUGUACUGCUUUUGCUGCGCUUUUGCUUUGCACCAUUUUCUGCAUUUUCGCAAAGUCUGCAGCUUAGAACACCAUGCCUGUUAUCUGUGCGGCAACAGGAUGCAACAACAAGUUUAUCAAAGGUUCGGAAAUCAGAUUUUACAGGUUUCCUCUCAGCAAACCUCAGCUGGCCAGUAAAUGGGUCCACAGUCUGGGGAUGAAGAACUUCAUCCCGACGGCCAACACCUGCCUCUGCUCGGAGCACUUCAAGACCGACUGCUUCAGAGACUACAACGGGAAGCAGUUCCUGAGGGAGGACGCCGUGCCCACCAUCUUCACCCCCAGUCAGGACUCAUCAAAGAUCGAGCUGCGUAAAAGAGGAGUUGUCCCGAAGGAGACGCCCGCCGUGACCCAGAUGGCAACGCCAGCAGACAAAGAACGAGCCAGAGAGGCGGUGAUGCGUCGGGAAAAACAAGGAGGGAUGAGGGACAAAAUGCCUCCAAAAAAGAAAACUUUAAAGGAAAAGCGGGAAGAAGACCGGAUAAGAAAACGGGCACAAAGGGCCCAAGAAACCCCUGAGCAGAGAGAACAAAGACUUUUGAAGAUGAGGGAAUAUCAAUCUCAGGGCAGACGAGGAGGUCGAGGAGCAAAGCAGAUGUCCGACAGACAGAGCAUGGGGCUUAAGAGCAGAGUCUACGACAGCAAGGGCCGGCUGCUGUCCAACGGUAAGGACAUGUGCGACUGCCUGGACGUGGACUGUAUGGGAUGUUUCUACCCGUGUCCGGACUGCGGGUCUCGGAAGUGUGGCGUGGAAUGUCGCUGCGACAGGAAGUGGCUGUACGAGCAGGUGGAGGUGGAGGGAGGGGAGAUCAUCCGGAACAAGUUCGCCGUUUAGAGACCGGCUGAAGGACUACUCACUGAUCCUCUCAGCUUCUGUUGUCAUGGAAACAUUGCCUGCAGUUCAGCCGAAAGCUCAUAAUUCAUGUUUUUUUUUACAGGAAAUGUUUUCGGCAGACGGCUCGUUUUUGGCAGGAAGGUAAAUGUUUGUUCACAGAGACAGUUUUUGAAGAGAAAACUCUCCAAAAAUAGCUUGAAAUGAGCUGAAAAUGGCAUUUUUUCAGUCCUUUGGGGCAGUUUUUGGUUAUUUUGGACUGUUUUUGGUCCAGUUUUGAGUCUUGGUUUCUUUAUAAAACCAAACAUAGAUAGGAUUCUGUUUGUUUCAUUAAACUUACUCUUUUUUAUCUUCAGAAUAUUCUCCAUGUUUUUGCCUUGGUUGACUUCUAGUUGAAAGGUGUUUCAUCAUGUUGAAUGUGUCUUCAACAAUGUGCAGAAAUUACUCAAAAAUUGUGCCAAGUAACAUGAAAUGAGUUUAAAAUGGCAAUUUUUGAGUCAUUAUGAGCAAUUUGAGUUUUUUGGUUAUUUUGGACCAGUUAUGAGUCUAUAGAUUUCCUGAAUUAACUGAAAUUUGUCCAAAUUAACACAAAACGUGUCCAAAGUGGCUCAACAGUUACCCACAACAUCACAAAAACUGUGCAAAAUUACUUGAAACUAGUUCAAAAUGACUCAAAAUUUGUUCAAACUGACCAUUUUUAAGGACAAUAUGGGUCAUUUUGGAGAGGUCUUAGUCCAGUUUGGAGUCUGUUUCAGCCGUAGAUGUUUGUCCAUGCUGGAUGGAUCUCUACCAAUCUGCUCUGUUCACUGUUUGAGCCGAGAGGCAUUUAUUUUAUUCAUCCAUUGAGUCUACAAUUGUGUCAAAUUACUUGAAAUGUGUCCAAAAAUACUUUAAACUAGUUCAAAGUGACUCAAAAUUUGUUCAAAAUGACCAUGGACAAGAACUUAUUUUUCAGUCCAACUUUGAUUCUCUGUCGAUCAGCUGUAGAAAGACGAUUCAAUUGAGGUCAUUUUGCUGAAGUUUUAGUCCAGUUAUAAGUCUACAAAUGUCCAAAAUUUACUGAAAUUUGUCUAAAAUAACACAAAACAUGUCCACAAUGGGUCAACAGUUACAUACAACACCUCAUAAACUGAGCAAAAGUACCUGAAACUAGUUCAGUAUGACUCCAAAUAACUCAAAACGUGUCCAAAAUGACUUAAAAAUAUUGCAAAAUGACUCCAAAUGUGUUCAGAUUGACCAGUUUUCAGUUGUUAUGGACAGUUUGGGGGAAAACUAGAACCAAAAGACCUUCACUUGUUGUGGAAACACCACCUGCAUAAUAAUUAGUUUUUUGUUUGUUUUUGAGAAGUCGGUCAAAGCAGAAGGAAACUAGUGGGACGGGUUGAAAGCUGUGAUGCUUUUUAAACAAAUCUUCCACAUUACUGACUGAUGUUUAUCCAGUUUGUAAAAGCUGCUGCUGCCUGUGGUAGAAAAAGAUGCUUCAGUCUGCUGCUGUUCUGCUUGUUCCAGUUUGUUUUUUAAUAAUAAACGUUUUCAAAAAUC